AUGAUUGGAUAUAAUGGGGAUUCACACCAUAACUCUUCUCAUCCUGUCCUAUGUAAUCAACGCAAAGCAAACUCCAAUCAUAGUCCAGGACCUACUGAUGACCGCCUAUAUAACAGUGUUUCACACCUAAACUCUUCUACUUCCAUAUUGUAUAAUCAAAAUAUCGCCACCUUCCUAGAUUUUGAGACCUUUAAAACUAGUCUAAAAUAUCAUUUAAACAUUGCUGUUCAGACAUAUAAGUGUUCUAAAUGUGAAAUCCAAUUUGCCACAGAGGACCAACUGGCUAAUCACGUGAUCGGUCAUUUUUUGACUACAACAAUCAAACAUGGUUGUCAAUAUUGUUUGAAGCUAUUCUCUAAACCAGACGAACUACAAAAACACCUACUCGAAAUUCACGCCAUCCAUCUUUACUGGUGUUCACUGUGUGAGGAAAUGUUUGAUUCCAAGGUCAAUAUCCAAGUACACUUCGCUGUGAAACACAGUCGGGAAAGCACUAUAUUGAAGUGCACUUCUUGUGAAGCUGUCUUUUGCUCAGAGCUAGACUUCCAGUUCCACGUAAGAGUUGCACAUUCGUUCCGGUUUCGACCAUUUUGUUGUCUCCUAUGUAACCAGGGCUUUCCAACGGAGGAGUUACUGGGACACCAUCUCAGCACGCACAAGAAACAGUACUCCUGUAAACGGUGUAAUAAGACAUUCCACGUAGAGCACCUCUUAGAUAAACAUGUCCAGUCCCAUCAUCUUGCUGAUUCUUUACCUUCGAGCGAAGUCGCAGGUGAUCCGGUGUUAAGUUCCUGUUCAUCCGACCUUAUGGCCAACGACAGAAUGACAAUUUCUAGUAGUGACCAUGACCAAAUCAAGAACGGAAUGUCUAGCUUCGCGCCCCUACAAAUUAGCAAUGAAGCAAUCAACACUGGGGACCAUAGAAAGUUUUGCUGUGAUGUCUGUAACGAAACUUUCUUUUUUAAGUCUCAGCUUAUUAGUCAUCACUUCCACACACACAGAAUUAAAACGGCUGGUUCCCAAAAAAUGGAACAGAUAACAAUAAGCUUGUUUUGUUCUUAUUGUAAAAAAAGUUUCAACUCCCACUCGGAGCUCGAAACCCACGUUAGAAUCCACGCUGCUACUCGACUUAUACGAUCAUGCGAUACAUGUGAUGAGAAGUUUUCGUCGGUAGCUAUACUGGCCAAACAUAAACUCGCCCACUGUAAGGUAGUAAAAGAACAGAUAUGUACCACGUGCAAAACAAAUGUUCACAGUAAAGAAGAAUUUACGAAACACCUGAAAGAUCACAGUGGCCAUAGUUUACCCGUUCCAUGUAUAAUAUGCCAACAAACGUUGGAAUCUGAAGAGGAGGUCAAGCUGCAUAUUAACUUUCACCUGAAUCCAGCUGACCUCCGACACAGCUGCUGUGUCUGUUCAAGAGAGUAUGUCGUGCACGAGCUGAUUAUCACGGCCAGACGGGAGAAUGGUCAUAUCUACAUGUGUAAACAGUGUUUUCACGCCAAGGGUGAGAACUUACCACCUAGCGAGUGUCAAUUGAACUGCGAAAAUACUGGCACAUUAGAGAAACACCUACUUACACACGCGAGGAGGUUUCGGUGUGUUAAAUGUCAAAGUGCCUUUCAAAGGGAGGAGAAGGGAGUCCAGGUUCACGUCACUACCCACCUGGUCCAAGAAAGCACAAGGCACGAGUGUAAGUUAUGUUAUCGAGUGCUGGACUCUUCUGCUAAGCUACAGUGUCAUUUGAUUGAACACAGCUUCAAUGGAAGUGCCGACUACACUUGUUACGUAUGCAAUACAGUGUUUUCUUCUCCUAAUGACAUCCAGCAACACGUGCAGCAGCACGGAUCCAACUCACGGAUCCACCAUUGUUCAUACUGUCACCAGAAAUUCUUUUUUCGAGCAGAACUUAAUAAUCAUGCUUUCAUUCACGACAGUUCUGCAGGCAGUAAGAGAAACCACAACAAAAAGCAGGAGGCUACAACAACAACAACAUUGAAGUGCUCUUUGUGCCCGCAAAUGUUUAACACAUCUGCCGACCUGCAGCAACACUACAUUGGUUCUCAUGGUGACAGAGAACUCGAGGAAUGUAGACGUUUUCCUGACGAAUUGUUUCCUCGUUUCGGUAACUUGCAUGGCCAUAUACGAAAUCAUGCUAAAGAGAUGAAGUACACCUGCGCCAAGCGUGACAAGGAAUUUGGCCUCUCUCGAAAUCUCGGCAUUUACAUUCGAUCUCGUAGUGGGGAGAGGCGUUACGAAUGCUCUUUUUGUAAAAGACGUUUUUCUCGCAAAGAAAAUCGUAGAACUCACGUAAAGCCUCACGGUGGCUUGAAACCUUCUAUGUGGCAAAAUGUUUCCACUUAA